UGAGUGUGAGGCAGCUGCUCACACUGCAUCUCCUGUCAGCAAACAGGAAACCCUUUAUUCGGCUUUCUCUACCCCUUUAUUGCUGAAGUGCAACCCACUCCAAUUAACCCAACUUGGAAACUCCCUCUCAGACAUGCCCAGAAGUUUGCUUGAUGGGUGACUCUAGAUCUUGUCGGGUUGACAUAUUAACCAUCACAGUUCCUUAUUAAAAAUUACACGGCUCCAAAUGGGGAAAAGACCAAGGACCAGAAAGCAUCGAAGCACAUUCUCUUGAGUAGGACCUGUCUUCCUAGGGGUGGGAUUGACCCUGAGAGGAGGAGUCAGGAACAGGUCUCUGCCCAGGGGUAGAUUCCAUCUUUCCAUCACCCACAUACCUGAAGAAGGAAAUUGGGGGAAUGGCUCUAACCCAUUUUAAUCACGAGAAUCUAGAGAUUUGUUUCCAAAGUUGUUCACCAGGAGGGAUUAGUCUCUGGGCCCAGGUUUGAACUUUAAUCGUGUAUUCUGUCUAGGCAGAGUUGUUCAUUCAGGAGAUAAGAGCCCAGAGCUCUCCCCUUUGGCAUUUCUUGGAGAGACUCAAGGACAGUUUUGGGCCCAGGCUCUGAUCUCCCUUUUCUGUCUGUACCACCUGUUUUCAUUAUUCCCCCUCUGCCACUUAUGGAGUUUGGAUGACAACCAAAUUUGCCUUCUUCCUACUGAGUGGGGUUGUCCGAUGAGGCGGGGAGGCUUCUCCCUCCAGUGUGCUUUAUUGUAAGUGAGGGUGCAGCGAAACCACUUAUGGGUAGAAAGAACAGUUUAUUGGGGUUCAGACUGCUUCAGUUAUCCCUUUGUGUGUCAGUGUGGGAGGGGUCAGGAAAGCAAACUGUCAGAAAAGCAAGCAGAUUUUAUAUAAAAGUCAACAGGGUUGGAGUCUUUGAUCUGAUACUAGCUGAUAGGAUUGCCCUGGAACUUCAGAUGUCCUUUCCCAACCUUUGCCUUGAUCUUUGGGAAUGGAUCAAAUAAGGCUCCUGGUAAACAGAAACCUGACUUCUGUUUAUCCAAUCAAAGUCCUUCUGCUUAGGACAUUGCCAUCAGCACUGCUAUUUUGGAGUUCCUGGGGGGCACUUUGGACCUAGCAGGCAUCUAGGAGAACCUAAAAAUCUCUGGAAAGGUAGCCCAUGCUCUUAAGCUCUGAUCCAUUACUUUAGCUCUGAGAACCAUUUAUUAGAGCUUUAAAAAAGUCCCCAGGGCAGGCAUACUCUUAGUCUCACGGCUCCCGGAAGGAAGGAGAAUGGAGAAGAACAAAUGCCAAUGUGCUUGAGACUAGUUGGCACAGAGGUUAGCCACUUGGCAUCAGGGAGCCACAGGGUCAGGAGAGCAACUGUAGACCAGGAACUGGGAAGAGUGCAGAGCGCCAGCUAUGGAGUUUAAAAGCACACCCCCAAACAAUCAUUGCUACUAAUUUCCACCCUCUUUGCAGAAAUAUUUUUUAGCUUUAAAAAAUUAUUUUUGUGUGUGUGUGUUUACCCAUGUGCCUGCUGGUACCUGCAUGAGGCCAAACAACAUCGGAUUCCUCGAAAGCUGGAAUUUUUGGGAGUUGUGAACUACCCAGUGUGAGUGCUGGGAUCUGACUCCUGGUCCUCUAUGACAGCACCAAAUGCUCCUCUCCACAGCUGAGCCAUGUGUUCGGCCCAGGAGAAAUGUUUCCUACGCUAUAGAAGAUGUCAUGCCUCUGCUGACAGUUUCACUUGGACUUGUCUUAAGAUAACGGGAAACACUGAUACCAUUUGCCCAGAUGGGAGGCAGGCUCUGCGUGGGAGGGGGAGGGGUAGUGUCCUUUAAUGACAAGGUGCAGACCGAGGACUCACGGCUGAGUCCAGAGUGCUGGGCUUCCAAGGGCUCUAGCCUAUCAAUCAGUUUAAAGAUGGAGAAACUGAGGCUGAAAGGAAGACGCAAAUCCAGUCUGAUGGUUUGGAUAUUGAUGAUACCCAUAAAUCCAUUUGCUGGAAACUAUUAAGGGGUGGGGCCUUUGGGGACGGGAUUUUACGUGGGAAUUCCAAUACCUUUCAUGAAAGGUAUGUUCCUUCCACCAAGAGUUGCCCACCUUAAAGCAGAGAGCUAGCUUUCACUAGACACGGAGCUGCAGGAGCCUGGAUCUUGGUCUACCAGUACAUCCAUGUUCAAAAAACUACAGCUAAGGCGCUUUGCUAUCACAGUCCAAAGGCGGCUAAGAUGCCUGAGGAACAACGGAGAACCUAGCCCUCUCAGGAGCAGGAAGGCCAACCUUGUCCAAGGUGGGGCUGCGACUGGAUUGUCACCAGAGACCACAGCACACGGAGCACAGCCGGAGCCUUUGCUGCUUGCUGGCAUCCAUAUCUUUGGUUUGUAAGCCUAGGAGGAAACUGCUGAAGGUAGACAUUUUGUGUCUAUCAAGCAAUGCGUUAGUUUUCCCGUUUGGGAAACGGGGACGAUUGGAAAUUUUCACACACUAGACAGGGUGAGGAUGGCUUUGAAGACAUUUUGCCAUCAAAUAAGCCAGUCACAGAAGGACUAGGAACCGGCCUCUCUGCACUUCCUCUGACCACUCAGGUGAGGCCAACAGUCUUUUCUGUCUCGCCAGGUGCUAGACUUCGGAUGCCUGUCUCUUGGAAGACAGACUCAGGUCCGCUCCCCUUUAGAAAGAAGGGCCAGGCUCCGGGAUCCGCCCAGUGGAGGCGUGGCCAUACUUGGGCUAGACGCGACUUCAGACACAGCUUGGGUUUCUUUUUCAGAGUCUAGUCAGUUGGUUCCCGCUGCCUGUGCCAUGGUCUUGGAGCUCUACCUGGACCUUCUGUCCCAGCCCUGUCGCGCCAUUUAUAUCUUCGCCAAGAAAAACGGCAUCCCGUUCCAGAUGCAUACGGUGGAGCUGCGCGAGGGUGAGCACCUCAGCGAUGCGUUUGCCCAGGUGAACCCCAUGAAGAAGGUGCCAGCCAUGAAGGACGACGACUUCACCCUGAGCGAGAGCGUGGCCAUCCUGCUCUACCUAACGCACAAGUAUAAGGUUCCUGACCACUGGUACCCCCGAGAGCUGCAGGCCCGUGCUCGUGUGGAUGAGUACCUGGCCUGGCAGCACACAGCCCUUCGGAGAAGCUGCCUCCGGGCCCUGUGGCAGAAGAUGAUGAUCCCUGUUUUCCUGGGAGAGCAAGUACCUUCUGAGACACUGACGGCCACGCUGGCAGAAUUGGAUGUGAACCUACAGGUGCUUGAGGACAAGUUUCUCCAGGACAAAGCCUUCCUUAUUGGGCCCCGCAUCUCCCUGGCUGACUUGGUUGCCGUAACAGAGGUGAUGCAUCCCGUCGGUGGUGGCUGCCCCGUCUUUGAAGGGCGCCCCAAGCUGGCUGCGUGGUACCAUCGAGUGGAGGCAGCAGUGGGAAAGGAUCUCUUCCGGGAGGCCCAUGAGGUCAUCCUGAAGGCUAAGGACUCGCCACCUGCCGACCUCAUCAGUAAGCAGAAGCUGAUGCCUAGAGUGCUGGCCAUGAUCCAGUGAAUUCUGAAGCCUCAUCCCUGCCCUUCCCAUGGCUGCUCACAAAGCGCUUUCCUUACAUGAGCGAUGCGUCCUAGCCUCACAGCAGUUCUUAGGCCAGGCUCCAUCUUCACCAUUUUUCCACGACAGCCACACAUGACCGCAACCAUGAUCACUACCUUUCACUUUUGAGUUGGGUAAUAAACGUAGACUCGUUUUGA